AGCUCAGCACAUUCCACGGCACCACACGUACACUUCCACAUCUUACGUACAAAUUCACCUGCUAGCUCUCCUUGAGUUCCAUCGCUGCGCUAGCUAUCCAAUGGCGUCCUCACUCCUCCCGGCGUUCACGGUGCGGCGAGGCGAGCCGGUGCUGGUCUCCCCGUCGGCGCCGACGCCGCGGGAGACGAAGCCGCUGUCCGACAUCGACGACGGCGAGGGCAUGCGGUUCUACAGCUCCGGCAUCCACCUGUACCGUGCCAACCCUGACAAGCGGGGCCAGGACCCGGCCGCCGUGAUCCGGGAGGCGCUUGCUAAGGCGCUCGUCCUUUACUACCCGCUCGCCGGCCGCCUGAAGGAGGAGGCCGGCAGGAAGCUCGUGGUGGAGUGCGGCGCGCAGGGCGUCAUGUUCGUGGAGGCCGAGGCCGACCUGACCGCCGCCGACUUCGGCGACGUGCAGAGCCCCCCCUUCCCUUGCUUCGAGCAGUUCAUCCUCGAGAGCACCACCGUCGCCGGCGUCGAGCCCGUCAUCGACCGCCCUCUGCUCUACAUUCAGGUGACGAGGCUCAAGUGUGGGGGCUUCAUCUUCGGGCAGCGGUUCUGCCACUGCGUGGUGGACGCGCCGGGGGGCAUGCAGUUCGAGAAGGCGAUCUGCGAGCUGGCGCGCGGGGCAGCCACGCCGUCAAUCACCCCGUCCUGGGGCAGGGAGAUGUUCAUGGCACGCCAACAACAACAACCCUCCUACCCGCACCUGGAGUACAGCGAGCCGUCGGGCGGCGGGCCAGAGCCAGACCGGAUGCUAACAACCCCCGCAAGCGACAUGUCCCGCGUGCCCUUCUUCUUCGGGCCCAACGAGAUCGCGGGGCUCCGGCAACGCGCGCCGCCGCACAUGCGAGGCGCCACGUCCCGGUUCGAGCUCGUGGCCGCCUGCGUCUGGCUCUGCCGCACGGCGGCGCUCGGGUACGGCGCGGACGAGGAGGUCCGGCUCUCGUUCAUCGUGAACGCCCGUGGCCGCAAGGACGUGCCGUUGCCCGAAGGGUUCUACGGGAACGCGUUCGCGUACUCCGUGGCGGCGGCCACGGCCGGCGAGCUGUGCGCUGGCGGGAUGGGCUUCGCGCUGGAGCUGGUGAAGAAGGCCAAGUCUGCCGUGACUUACGAUUACUUGUUGUCCGUGGCGGACCUGAUGGUGAGCAGGGGCAGGCCGCUAUUUGCCUUGACGAGGACGUACAUAGUCUCGGAUGUGAGCCAUGCCGGGUUCAAGAGCGUGGAUUUCGGGUGGGGCGAGCCUUUGUAUGGUGGGCCGGCGAAAGGUGGGGAAGGCCCGCUUCCUGGCGUGACGAAUUAUUUCUCCAGGUCGAAGAAUGGGAAGGGGGAGGAGGGCACCGUGGUGCCUGUAUGUCUGCCCAAGGAUGCCAUGGAGAAGUUUCAGCUUGAGGUCCAGGGACUCACCGCCCAGCAGCUCUAGGCGCGCGCAUGCAUGAACGAACGUCCCAAACGCUAUACCACAUACUUAUGUUCUCUCACGUCGUACGUGCCGGGCGUAAUUCCAUGGGUGCUAUUCUGUUUUCUGAUCACUGAUUAAGUUUUUCUUUUGCUCGUUAAACUUAUCUGUGUGUGUGGUUUGUACAAGUACGAACGGUAUAGUGUACGCAUGUUCUAUAUAUCCGUGCAAUUUGUAUGCAAUUGAUAUAACCGAAUAAGAUAUGAAAGGUUGUGCGGCUGCAUGAGUAUCAA